AUAGCGUUCAAUUGGAGACGGAUCGGCCUGGGAUCGAGGCUAAUGGCCAGCAAGUUGUCUUAUGCACACCGUAUAUAAUUCUGGGCUCCUGGAGAGAGAGUUGUGGACAAGGCCUGGAGAAAAGACUAGUGAAAGCAGCUCCUUCAUUAUAGCACAAUCACACCUACCCUAAACAUUCUAUGUUGUGUGCUUCCAGUGGUGGACAUUGAGGUACCUACGUACAUACGAGCUGCCAUUACCAGAUGGUGUGGGUGAGGAGAAACUUCACCAAGACAACCUGAGCCUCCGUCAGAUUGAGGAGACGUGGAGAGAACCACUACUCGAGAGUGAGCUCCCUAAUCAGUUACAUCAUUAAAGACAGUCGUGUUCAUUUGACCUAAGUUAUGGAGAGUGACCUUCACAGUGACCUCUGGGAGUGGAUAGCGGACCAUCUAGCAGCCGAUUGGACGACUGUCACUCAACUCAGGAUGGAGGAGAGUAAGAAAGAUCCACCAGAGGAACCAUUUCGCUCCCUCUACACCGCCCGGGAGUUGCUGUCAGGUAUGAGGGCUAAACUGGAUGCCUGUCCUCUCAAAGAGCUCGAGGAUUUCACUAUUCUCUCGUGUUUUGUUGCACUGGAAAUGGUCCUACCCCCCACAUAGCAUC